AUGGCUGAUUCACCACCGAGUUCUGAGUCCAUGCAAAAAAAGUGUAAUAAGAGAGCAAGAGAAAGCGGGAGUAGGCACCCAGUGUAUAGAGGUGUGAGAAUGCGAAGCUGGGGAAGAUGGGUGUCUGAAAUUCGACAGCCGCGCAAGAAAUCGCGUAUAUGGCUUGGAACUUAUCCCACUGCAGAAAUGGCUGCUAGAGCUCACGAUGUGGCGGCGCUGAGUAUAAAGGGUAACUCGGCUAUUCUUAAUUUUCCUCAACUCAGUGAAACGUUGCCGCGUCCAGCUUCGCUUUCACCGCCGGACAUCCAGGCUGCGGCUGCUAAGGCGGCGGCAAUGGAGGAGCUCAGUUCAUUAUCGUCUUCUUCUUCUUCUUCGUGUUCUGGGAGUGUGUCAUCGCCUACUACCAUUUCAGUUACACCAGGGUCAGAUGAGCUAGCUGAGAUAAUUGAGUUGCCGAGUUUGGAGGGAACUUAUGACUCUUCUGAGUCGAGGAAUGAACUGGCGGUGGUUGACUCGUCAGCGGAGGGGUGGCUGUUUCCGCCGUGUUGGGCCUCGGAAUCGGAUAAAGAGUUUUUUGAGUAUUAUUUUGAUCAAGUGGCCGUUGGAGGAAGUCUGAUGCCAAGCAGCUUUUAG